UGAUGACAAUGACAAGGGACUCACGAUUGACGAUUCAUGAUUGUUCGUGACCUGACCAAUUUUGUUGAUUGAUUCUAAUAUAAAUAGUUUACUUGAAAUGCAGUUAAAUUACCAAAAUUUUAUUUAAGAGUCUGGUUGGACGUGUCAUUGUUGGCACUGUCCUCAAACCUAGCCUGUAAAUAUUUAAUAUGGACGAAGCGUCCAUGAAUCGUUAUGAAAAACAAUUAUAUACUGUUUUCAAAAAGUUCGACGUAGAUAACGAAGAAGCCUUAGAUAGAUCAGCAGUUCACAAACUUUGUGACGCAUUACAGCUCGAAGAUCGUGGUGCUGCCCUUGUCAAUACACUCUUCGAACGGCGAUCAGAUCGCGUCACCUUCGCCCAGUUUCGGAACGGCCUGCUUGCCGUGCUGGGUGGUACAGGGGAAGACACCUCGCGCGCCGUGCCUGCACCGCCAGCGCCGCAGCCGCCUGCCGACCCGCCACAGCCCGACCUGCCGCCGCAUCACAGUGACGAGGAUUCUUCUGGCCGCGAAGUGGCCCCUAAAUUUGUAUUCGGGUCCAAAAAGUAUGGACGUCGAUCGAGGCCUUCGCGUUCAGGACCCGCUUUAGAUGAGGUGCCGAGUCCGCGCUCCUCUUCUGCGUCUCGCCUCGACACCGAUGAUAAAAGAGCCAAACAGCGAAUGAGAUGCAGGCGAAGUGCCUCUGCAAUGGAGAGUCGUGACGACACAGUCGCUCUCGAGGACGUCAACGAGACAUUCGAACACGACCGGCGUAUAGACCGAGAUGAAGCGCUCGCCUUGUGUCGCGGCCUAAACAUGGAUGGUAUCGACCGGCGGCUUGUAGAGCGCAUAUUCGAUGAUGCUGGAACCACAGACACUACAGUGGGCGAGUUCUUCGAUCGCUUAAACUCGUCACUUACUACUACUAUGGAAGAGGCUACGCGUGAAGUACGAGGUACCCCGGCUAUCGGUGAUAGCGAAGGCGACACAGUCGACGACGAGGCAGCCGGUGGGCUGGCCAGCGAGCUGGUGCUGGAGGCGUGGGAGCGCGCCGGCGUGCAGCAGCCGCGCCGCCUGCUGGCCGAGCUCGGCUUCCCCGCCGCCGCGCUGCGCCCGCCCGACCUCGAGCGCGCGCUGGACGCCGAGCUGCGCGCCCUGCCCGAGCCGCCGCACGACGCCGCCGCGCUGCUGCUGCGCGCCGCCCUGGCGCUGUGCCGCCUGCGCCUGGAGCGAGCCCGCCGCCGCGCCGACCUGGCCACCGCUGAGCGCGACAAGCUCCGCGGCGACGUCGCCGAAGCUAACAGACACGCCAGGAUUCUAGCGCAAGAAGUUGACGAAAGUCACGCUCGUAUCGAGGCCGAAUUGAAAGCGAGCCUCAAACGUGCAGAGGCGCGGCAUGCGGAGACGACCCGCCAGACCGCUGCCGAGAUCACAACCGAGCGGGAACGCGCCGCCGCAGCCCUGGCGCGCCUGGAGGCCGAGGUCGUACGCCGCAUCGACCUAGAGGGGCGCCUGCGCGGUGAAAUAAGUGGACUCCGAGACCGCGCCGACGAGGCAGAGGCCCGCGCUGCGGCCGCGGAGGAGCGCUGCGCGGACGCGGCUCGCGAGGCCGCGCGCCUCGCCGGCGAGCUGCGCGAGGCGCAGGCGCGGGCGGCCGCGGCACAUGACAGCGGCGCCCCCGCGGCGCACGCGGCCGAGCUGCGGCGCCUGCAGCGGGAGUGCCAGCAGCUGCGCGACCGCAACGACGAGCUGUGCGCGGCGCUGGAGACGCACGCGCGGGGGGCGGCGCCCGACGAGGGGGGGGCGGCGUCCGCGCGGGGGGACCUGUCUAGCGAGCUGCACUCUUUGCUCACUCAUGAAAACUCUGAGGAUUGUGAUUCAUCUCCAGUGAGUUUAGACCAAAAGAUUUCUGGCCACGUGGAUGCGGUUGCAAUACUUCGAGAGAUCUGUGAAAUCGUUCGCGACAUCCCCAGACCGGCGGAGUGUCCGCAGUGCGGCGACGUGGCGGCCGCCGUCCGCCGCCUCCCCGCGGCCCGCGUCCACGCCGCCGCGCAGACCGACGCGCCCGACCACGACCUGCUGGCAGACGCCGAGCGCCGCCAUCGUGACGAGAAACAGAAGCUAGCCGGCCUCAUCAAGGAUCUCGAGGGCAGCCUCGAGCAGAUGAAGGCGGAGUACGACAAGUGCGAGGACUACUGGAGCAGCAAGCUGGACGAGGAGCGCGACGCCUGGGCCGAGGAGCAGCGCCUGGGCGACGAGCGCCUCGCCGACCUCGUCGCCAAGAUCGGCGAGUACGAGCGCCAGUUCGCGCCCGCGCCGCCCCUGCCCACCAUCGACGAGCGCCUCAGCCUCGAGGCGCAGGUCACCGACCUGGAGGACGAGUUCCAGCGCUACCGCUCGGACAAGGAGGCCGAGCUGAGCGCCGCGCGCGCCGAGUGCUCGCGCCUGGCCGCGCGCCUGCAGCGACUGGAGGCGGAGCGCGGCGCCCGCGCGGAGGCGGAGCGCGAGGCGGGCGCGGGCCGCGCGGCGCGGGAGGUGCGGGAGCUGCGCGCGCGCACGGCGCGGGCGGAGGCGGCGGCGCGGCGGCUGACGGCGCGGCUGGCGGCGGCGGACCUGCUGGUGAAGGACCUGUACGUGGAGAACUGCCAGCUGGCGCACCGCCGCCCGCUCUGACGGCGCCGGACGUUCGCCGUGUCGCAAUGUUCGACACGAGUGCCUUCACUAAUUAUUCUGUGCAAGUAGGUACAUAAUCUCACACUCAUGAUCACUAAAGGCGCACUGUCACGAUUUGUGGCUUCUUGCAUCAAAAUCAUCAUUUUGACCAAACAUUCAAUUGUUGUUUCUCGUAUACCUAUGUAAUAUGCAGCGUGGCGGGCGGGCGACGCUCCUGCUGCCUCUCAUUCAGAAAAGUACGCUUUGUGUCCACACUUCCGCACCGAGGUCUCCAUAGCUGUAGCACGGUCAUAUGAUCUCAAUAUGUGGAUUGUCGCAUUUCGACACGACCUUUCAUUUUCUUAAAUAAGCAGAACUGCCAAGCUCGUUAUGGCCAUCAUUUCUCCUAUAAGAACAAUCUCUUUUACAUAGUUUUAGUGUAAAAGUUUUAACUUUAGUGAAAAGCAAGUUAUAUUCUAACAAGUUCUAUUGUAAAUCUGAUCUUGGUACGUUACUACAAGGAAUGGGGCGUUUUAACUUAUGAAUGUCAUAGAAUUUUCAGAUCGUAUAACGAAACCUCAUUGUCAUCAACAAUUAGAAAAUUUGAAAAUAGGGACUAAAAAUUAAAUAAAAGGAGAAAAGAAGAAAGAUUUUGAAAACAAUUUGUAGUGAUUUUCUUGAACCAAUCCACAUAGAGGGCUCAACGCAAUGUUUUUAUUAAACCUUGGCAUAUUGGCAAAAGCCCAGUUACGUAGUAGGUACAACGCCAUCUGCCAUAUUCUUGGGAACUAUUUUUUUAUUCUUAAAAAAAGAAAACCUCCCACUAAAGAUAAAUACCACUAAUAUAAUGAUGGUCAUACAAUGCAACGAUUAGUAACGGAAUCUUUUAUAACUCAUUAAGAGCGCUAUUACAAAAUCGAAUCGCUCAGGUUUAGGUAAAUUAGACGAUAGCCGGCAGCACUUGCGCGCGUGUGCGUCUAGUGAAAUACGCAACGCACACCUGCGGACCGCCACGCGGCACAAACAAACUUGAGACUUUGCCACUUUUAUUUUCGAAAUAGUUUAUUGGUUUUAUAGUUUAUGAAAUAUUAUUUGUACCGAUGCAUUUUAUAACCUAGAAUAGCUCGAUUGAGUUACAAUAAACAAAUAAUCGUUUACAAUUUUUAAAUUAUUUAAUCGACAACCAAACUUUUCACCAUGUUUAUCAAUUAGGUAUAAGUAAUUGAUUUAUAAAAAAACUAAAAUCUAUAAUUCGUCUUCCAUGUAUUGUAUCUUCAUUUUCCUGCAACAAUAAAAACUAGGAAUGUAAAUAGUUUAUUAAAACAAAUAUGUCUGUUGCGAGUGACAAAAAAUACUUACCAUAUUAUUUGUACUGGUAUCCGAUUGAGUCUGAUAAUCUGAAUUAAAUAUGCUUUCAUUAUCCUGCAAGAAUCAAAGAUAUCCAAUAAUAUUAUUAUGCACCAGCGAAACUAACGACGAUGACAUUUACGUACAUAUUUCUAUAUAACCAACAUCAAAAAAAGAGAACCCAAUCUAUAACAUUUUCGCAUUAGAAUAUCAUGGGUUAAUACUUGUGUAUAUUACAUUUCAAUCAGAUCAUUAUAACUAAUAAAUAAAAUAAAAACUCACUAGUAUCAAAACGAGUUCGUUGCGCAGGUUGCGCUAUAUUUUUCGAGCUCCGGCGAGUUUGCGCGGCGCAACAGCGAGCGAUACGUCCUCCCUCGAUAAGCGCUUGGCGCCUUGGCGCUGACUAAAGUUGAACACCGCGCGUCACAAGAUUUAUAUUGAUUUUUGCAUUGCAAACAAAAAUUAUUUUAAAAUAUUGUUUUACUUUUAAAUAGACCAAUUUUUUUUUCAAGCUUUAUAACAAUACCACCUUAAUUAUUAAAUAUGUUUUAUUUGAAUUUGGAUUAUACUUUCAUAGAUAAAAAAUAUAGUUUUGUAUGGAAAAUUGUCAGUAACUCUCAGUUUUAUAGAAUUAUUUUUGGUGUAUUAAUGUAUGAAAUGUAAUAAAUUGGUGUAAGCAACAGUGGCGAGGGGUGGUUUAAUGAAAUAGGGAAGCCGCAGCAAAAAAAUAACUGGGGGGGGGGAGUACUCAGGGAUGGGGGGAGAGGUAAUGGAGGUAAUUUCUCAGUCCACCUUUUAGCACUGACUGAGAGACUGAUAGUUUGAACAUGUUUUCUCGAGAAAUUCGGCAGAUUAUUAAUAUCUAUAAAACUUUAUUAUCUUUACAUAAAAUAAGUUCCUUCCUAAAGUAAAUAAUCUGUCGGAAAACGUCUAACGCGAUAAAUGCUAUCCUAGUUAAGUUUUAAAAGUAGGUACACUAAAAAGAAACCUGAUGCAAACUGUCUACGUAUCAAAAUAACUCAUUUCAACGUAGGUAUCUCUAUUUUCACUAAACACACUGUACUUAUACCGAGUACCAGGUCACAGUGCGAUCGCGGGGAUUAGUAGAGUAAUGAUACUGCCAACUACUUAAUCAAAAUUAUAUACCUGGUGAACACAAAAAAACAUGAAUUCCCAAGUAGGGUCAUUAAAUCGCGGAGAAUCUUAACACCGCGAUUCAGGAUUUGCAUAAAAAUGCACAACGCCAUCUAUGUUGACAUAAUGUAACUAAAACACUUAAACUAACAUAAAAUAUUGUACACACACGAACUAUGUCAUUUCUAAAUGAUACACACACUAAUAAAUUCAAUUAAGUAAUACAAAGAACAAAUUGUUAAUGGUAUUAUCUAAAACAAAAUAAGAACAAUGAGAGUGAAUUUGUCUGAUUUGUUUGUUUACUUAAUACUCGCGCGUAGACAGAUAUAGCUGCUCUACUCUUGACGCGUUCUUUCUCGUUCACUCGCGAGUUUUGAUUGGCUGGAACCCGCUCCGUGAGCCGGCUUACCGCUCGCCCUUAUGCCGCGAACAUCGCCCGGCGCGGCGUGGAUGACGUCACGCAAGCGUAGUUUUGUAUGGAGGAGGAAGCCGCGGCUUGUUUAGUAGGAGCAAAAUGUGUCAAGUAAUUUAUAGUCAAUUUUUUUACGGUGGUAGGCGUUUUGUUAUACCUACAUAUUUAAAUUGUGUGGUUUAAAUGAUUAUAUUAAUUAUACCUAUACCUAUAUUAUAACUUAUACCUAUGAAAUUCGAAAGGGAAGCCGAUGGGAAUCGGCUUAUAAGGACGCCUCGCCACUGGUAAGCAAGCACAAGUACAAGAUAUCGUUGUAUCUUGAACAUUUUUAUAAAUGGUUAAAUUGCUAUAUCCUCGUAGUACUGAAGCAUCAAAAGAUUCCCAAAAGCAACAUUUUAUGAAACAUCCUUUGCAGAGACAAAGAUUUUACUGAUGUACGUGGACAAAUUAAAAUAUUUAUUGAAAACAGACCCAAGAUAAAUGAUCAAACUUUCUUAAUCUUAUUUUUGUUUUUUUUUUUGUGACUAUAUCCAAAGCAUAAUGACGCAUCAAAACUCGUAUAAAACUCGAAAAUUUGUGAUAGCCCUCUUAAUGACAAUAUUCGUGUAAAAUAUUCAGCGAAUGUAAUUAAAUCAUAUUGAAAGAUCGUAACAUUCAUGAUCACAUUCCACGAACAUAACUUUGAAUGCUGAAUUUCGCAUUUUUUAUUGUUAGUGUAUUUUUAGUUUUCUGUUGAUGAUGUGCUUGUGUCACAGUUUGUAGAGUCCCCGGGCUAGCGUGAAACUUGUGCUGUUUUGCUCGUGUCAAUCAUACUAUACAAGUGUGUCGAGGUGCCGCGCGACGGCGCUAUAUAGUCGCUGCGACACGCAUGCCAUCAUAUCGCAUUACCACCUGACCCAUAGUUUUUGUCAAAUCUUUACUAAAUAUUGUUUUUGAUGAAACCCGCCAAAUUGGAAUACCUCCCCUGUCCUGGUUUAUGCCUGUACAGAACUCCGCCAAGCAUGUCCUCCAGUGCGUGACGUAGUUGAGCACAGGUGCAGAUCUGCUAGCUGACACUUUGUCAUUUGAUGUCCAAAAUGCUUUAUUUGCUGCCGGCGUGUCUCUGGGGCCCGAUUCUCUAAGUUGAUAAUGUCAAAAUUGAAUCGCAGUAGCAGUUUUAAUCAUUUCGAGCAUUCUGCUACUAAUAAAAGACCAAUCGUAUCCCGUUUUUUUUUUCUUUAAAAUAAUAUAAAUGUUUUAAUUAUUUUCUACGAUUCAAUAAAUGAAUCAUAUUGUCUGCAAAUUAUUUACGAUUACGACAUGGUAGACCAUGUUGCAAGCUACCGUAUAGACCAAAUGGCAGACCAAUCGCAAAUCAAACGAAUGCCAUUGGAAUAAGAUUGGUCUUUUAUUAGUAGCAGAAUGCCCGAUAUAGUUAACACGUUCGCGUGAGCAAUCUCAUUUUUAAAUGUUGGUACUGUGGCGCACCUUUCGCAAUAGCAGUUUUAAAUUUUGUCAAUAUUAACUUAGGAGAAUCGAGCCCCAGUACUUUUUAAAAUACUUAAAUAUCUACCAUUGUUUGUCGUGAAUUGCAUUGUGUAAUAAUUGUUUGUUGUGUACCUAUUGCAUGUUUUGUAUUGGAUUUUUUACACAAAUACAAAACUUCGUCCCCAGCAAAACAUUUUAUGCGUUGUGUUUACCGACAUUAUAACUGAUUAUUUUAUUAGUUAGAAUAAUACAAUAAUAAGUAGGUAAUGAUGUAUUGAUAAACAGUUAAAAUGUAUGAGUAUGAGCUUAAGUAGCGGCCGUACGAGUGGAAAUAACGCGACAGUGGCGCGAGUCCCGCACAGGACGCCGAAUGUCGGGGGUUGAGUGGGGCGAGAGCUGUACCUUAAGGCGUCGUCCUAAUUGGCAGCGAUCGCGCAUGGCGCGAUGCGUUUUUCAUCUCACGAUCUCACUUGCGAGGUUCCGAGGUUCAAAUAGGAAACUCUGAUGAAAUCUGUAUGUUUGACCUCAUCGUUUGACGAGAACGCAUCGUGUCAUCGUGCGAUCGCUGUCAAUUGGGACGACGUCUUAGAUGAAAAACGCAUCGCACCAUCGCGCGAUCGCUGCCAAUUAGGACGACGCCUAAUACAGUUAGUACCUACCGGAAUUAUUCAAAGUUCCAUUCAAUUUGUAAAUUACGCCAACGAACAUCGGUACAUAUCCUUGCUGGUAAAUAUAUCUAUUGUUUGUUACAUUGAAUUGAAUAUAUGAAUGCGCUGGAACAGUGCCUGAACUAUGUAAUAAGUCAAUGAAGAUAGUGCUGACAUUAAAAGUAAUGUAGUUUAAUGUAUAUUGUUCCUCACGACUCGGUCAGUGCCGUCGAAGCUUGACCAUAAACGAUUUGUAAACUUGCUGUGUUACGUAAGUAUAAUAAAUUAUAUUAUAAAGGUACUACUGGAAUUGUAUACAGAAAGGAAAUCUUCGGAAUUUCCGCAAUGUUGCGAAUGGAGAAAUGUUCGGAGUUUUUACAUAUUUUAUGUAUUUUCAAAAUAUACACUUACAUUACAUUAUACAUAUUAUAAAUUUCGGAAAUGAAUCGUUUCUCCGAAUGUGGAUGAACCUUACUUGAGACAAUUCCAGUAACAAUGUGAGACUGUGACGUGAUCUGUCAGUGCGGCGUAUUGUACGCGGCCAGGCCCGACACUCAUUGCGUUUAUAUUAAAGUGUUGAUCAUA